AUGAUUUCAUUGAUGAAGGUGUACAUUGGAACAUUGAUUGUAUACCGACAUGGUGAGCAUACAAUAACUGCUACUACUACUACUACUACUACUACUACUACUACUACUACUACUACUACUACUACUACUACUACUACUACUACUACUACUACUACUACUACUACUACUACUACUACUACUACUACUACUACUACUACUACUACUACUACUACUACUACUACUACUACUACUACUACUACUACUACCACUACUACUCACACUACUACUACUACUACCACUAUUACUACUGACAUUAGUACUAGUACUACUACUGCUACCACUGCUACUACUACUCACACUACUACUGUAGUGGGCGUUGCUGAUAAGAAUGGAUAUAAGUAG